AUGACACCUCUUUUUCGCUGGCCAAUCUAUUUCCUAACAACUACACUCGCUAUAGCAAACCUGACACAGGCAGCCAACCAGGACAAAGAUUCAUCUCUAUUACCCAGGCGGUAUCUUGUUUCUUUGAAUCGCGAAAAAUCAACUUCGCUGGCAGACUUCAAAGCGCAUCUCGACAGCAAGGGCGUCAAGCAUGAAGUAUCUUUGGACAUGACCGACCUGGUCCCCGAUGUAUUUUUUGGUGUCUCCAUUGAACUCUCGGAUGAAGACGAUUUGCAACAUUUGGAGAGUUCCGCUCAUGUGGAGAAAAUCAGUCCAGUCGACAAAAUUGCACGGGCCAGCACAUUCGACCAAAGGACGUUAGAUUCACCUAUCGACUCGACUCCCUCGUUAUAUCCUCCUCAAAUCCAGACUCGCAUCACCGAACUUCACAAGAUGGGAAUUUAUGGUAAAGGGGUCAAGGUAGCUCUGAUCGACACCGGCAUUGACUGCAGUCAUCCAGCCUUGGGGAAAGGUUUCGGACCAGGAUUUAAGAUAGCAUUUGGGAAAAACUAUGUCGAUGAUGAUGAUGAUGAUGACGGAGGGGACGGCGACGUUCACGAUCACAGCGUCCAGCCUCAUGCCUCCGGGCCUCGGGCUAAGCAUCUUGAGACUAGAAAGGAUAAAAAGCAAAAGAAAAAGAAGAACGACAGCCCUUGUACCCAAUGCACCUCUCAUGGAACACACGUAGCUGGAAUAGUUGCCGCCUCAGACGUGGGUUACGGGUUUAUGGGUGUCGCCCCCAAUGUUACCCUCGGAAUGUAUCCAGUCUUCGCAUGUGGCGAGGCGGGCGAUUCCAGCACUGAUUCUCUUCUCGCGGCCAUGCUCCAGGCUCACAAGGAUGGUGCCGACAUCAUUUCAGCUUCUAUUGGCGGACCUGGCGGGUGGGGGAAGGGCGAUGAACUGCUGGGCACUGUAAACAAAUUAGUCCAAAAGAAAGGUGCCAUCAUCAUUGUUGCCGCAGGCAAUGAAGGCUCGGAGGGAUUAUUCUUCGGGGACAGUCCCGCGACGGCGAAGAAUGCCAUCUCUGUUGGUUCUAUGGACUCGAAGGCCAUAGUUGCGGGGAAAUUCAGAGCAUCGACGGGCAAGGACCUCACAAUAUACCGAACGAAUACGCUGAACCUCACCGGCGAGUAUCCAGUUUACAUUACUGCCAAUUCAACCGAUGACCCGAGUGAUGCUUGCGAGGAACUUCCCAAGAACACUCCGAACCUUACGAAUCACAUCGUACUCGUCAAGCGAGGGACCUGCCUUUUUUCUAUCAAAGCUAAGCACGUCGCGGCGAAAGGCGGCAAGCAAAUCCUAUUUUACAUGAACACGACGAGUAUCAUAACCCUUUCCAACACGCUUUCGAACGCUUCUGUCGCACCCAUAUCCCUGGAAGAUGGACGCUAUAUCUUCCAUCAGGCCAAGAAGGAUCCCAAAAACUUCAAAGUUUCGUUCCCGCCGACCAAUCACUUAUACAUGAACAACCCGGACGGCGGUUUUGCGAGCAACUUCUCACAAUAUGGACCUAGUUUCGACUUUAGUAGUCCCCAGCCUGCAGUGUCUGGGGUGGGUGGCAACGUGGUCUCGACUUUCCCUAUGAAGGAUGGUAGUUAUGCCUCCCUAAGCGGUACUUCUAUGGCUACUCCACAGAUUGCUGGUGUAGCUGCACUAAUACUGAGUGCACGAGGCAAGAAAUUCACCGGGAUAACCAUGCGCUCCCGAUUGGCAACUACUACCAAGCUCAUAGAUCGCAACAAGUCCUCGGGUCUUGACUCCGCCGUUCAUCAGGGCGGAGGUCUCAUCGACGCUUUCUGUGCUGUUUGGACCAAUACCACGAUCUCCACUCCCUCCCUGGUCCUCAACGAUUCAGUUUCUUUCCGGGCAAACCACGAAUUCACAAUCUUCAACAACGGCACGGGCACUGUCAACUACGUUCUAACGCACCGUCCCGCAGUGACGCUGGAAACUUUCUCGAGCGGAACCAAGUACGGACGGCCUGAUGUCGAACCCAAGCGGUCCAAUCAGUCUGCAACGGCCCGGAUAAGCCCCGAGAGAUUCAGUGUACCGCCCGGCUCAUCCCAAGUUGUCAAGGUCAAUUUCUCACCGCCCCAGUUAGAUCCUCAUUGGCUCGCGGUGUAUUCGGGCUUUGUCGUGAUGUCAUCCGAUGCUGAAUGUGAAACGCACAGCGUCCCCUAUUACGGCGUGGUGGGAUCGCUGAAAACCCAACCGAUCCUUGACCGAGGUCCAAACGAAAACAAAACAGCAACUUACCCUUAUUUAACCUACAAGAAGAAGAAAACCUCCUCCAAGAACGGAACCAAUUCGACGGCCACCAAAUCCAAGCCCCAGCCCCCGCUGAACACUACGUUCGUUUGGGACUUGAAACAACACAACACGACUGUCCUUCAUUUUAGAACGCUGUUUGGGACCCCUCUUCUCCGUAUAGAUGUGCUACCUGGAGAUGCACACCUGUCCAACCCGACGAGCAGUGAGAACUACGAGAAAUCUUUCCGGGGAUCGCGUCUGAUUGGGCUCGUGCCGGACAGCGAUACUCCAUCACUUCCACGUUCCAGUUCGGGCGACGCCUAUACCCAACCCUGGAAUGCGACGAUUGUCGCCAGCGCCAAGAGCAAAAAGAAGCCGCACUUCUUGCCGAACGGGAACUACAAGCUUCUGAUCAGGGCCUUGCGGGUUACCGGCCUCAAGACAAACGAGUCCGAUUACGAAUACUGGGUUUCCCCGCAGUUCAUGCUUAAGAACUCGCGAGGGAAAUGA